AAAAAUACUCUGAAAAAGUUAGAAAAAAAAAUUCUACGAUGGCAUCGUUGACAGAAUCUCAAAUCGCUGGAAUUGUCGAAACUUGGAAGAUUCCGUCGCAAGAUCUCUUCGGAAGCGGCGAAUACAUUUUGUACGAAUUUUUGAGUCGAUAUCCGCAUAAUCAGGAGUUCUUCAAGAAAUUCCGCGGAGUGCCUUUAGACACUUUGAAGGGCAAAGCGUCGUUCCGUGCUCAUGCAUCGCGGAUUAUGAAUCGUUUUAGUGCGACAGUUGAUUGUUUGCAGCUCGGCAGUGAAGGUUUGGAAGAGAUUCAGGACAUUUGGAGGGUAAUUGGCGAAAGUCAUUCCAAACAUAAGAUUACAAGAGAGGCGUUUAAGGAAUUGGAAAUCGUUGUCGUUGGAAUCCUCUGCGAAGUUUGCAAUCUCACCGAAGACCAAAAAACCGCAUGGGCAACCCUCUUACAAUUCUGUUACGACGCCGCCUUCGAAACUUUGGGCGAUAAUUAAACAAAAAAACUUUGAGAAUUUUUUUUUUACACUUUUGUCGCUCCUGUUUCGCUUCUUUUUUGCACGUUUGAUGGGAAAAUAAAACGAAAA